GUUAUUUUAUACUCUUGUACGUGACUAUGAUUACGAAAAUUUUGAAAUGUAAGAUUGGUUAUCGAGAGCAGAGGCGUGGCGGUGGAAGGCACUAUGUGGCGGCGUUUUUUCCGUCGAGAAUUUGCGCAGAGAACUUUCUGAACUUUCUGAUCGCCCUCUGAAUUUUCGUCUUGAUUCACUUUCACUUCUGUAUUCCGCUUCUCAUUUUCUGCUAAGCACUCAUCUGAAUUUCGAGAUUUUCAAUCGAUUAACCUAAACCUCUAAAAUCCUAACUAGCAAUAAUGGAUGCAUCGCCCGACAAUGCCGUCGACUACUCACCUUCUUCCACCGUUAUCGAAUUUGAUCGCCCCGUUCCCUUACUCCGGGGACCAUUACCGGCGGGUCCCGCUGACAAGCCAUCGGCUGGACCAUACGUGCUCGCCUUUAGGGAUUCGCGCGCUUGGGCAUCUUCGUUCGUGGCCUGUGAGCGCAAAAUCGUUGAGCAGUGCGAGGAGGGGGCGAGGAUCGGAUGCGCCGUGAGCGCUUCCAGGAACUGUAAGCCUACGUGGUGGAAGGCUCUGGCGGGCCUAACACUUUCCGAUCUGAAGGAACGGGAGGAGUGCGAAGUGCGGGAGAUGGCGGAUUGUUUCGCCGCGGCUAAGGAGAAGUGUGCUGGCUUCGCCAGAGAGAAGUGUUUGGUUGCCUUUAGGGAUGCGAGGAUUAGGGUUACGAGAGGGGUUUUGAGUUCUAAGGAUGUUGGGAGGUUGAUUGGUUGGGGAUCGAUGCCCGUGAGUGAGAGGAACAUGUGGUUGAUGAAUCAAAUUGGUCUGAUUGGGGGUGAUUUGGGAAUGACGAAUUGCAAGGCUAGCGAGUUGCUGGGAUUUGAUGAUUAUGUGCAACGCAUUUUGGGUGAACGACAACAAGGCACCAAAAACUAAUUUUGCCCUCUGAUACCGGAGAAGUUAUAAAAAGUGACAUCUCAUAGAGCUUAACGAAUCAAGUAUCCAGAUUCAAGUUUUCAAAGCUGACUAUUUUUGGAUGGUUGCCAACAAGAUUUUUUCAAUUAAGUUGUAGGCACGCAAAUUCCACGCAAAAUCCAUGCCCGGCCAGGACGGCAUGGUAUUACCCGGAGUUUUUGAGAAACAUAAAGACAAUUAUAUCAUCGUACAUCACAUUCUCUCAGACCUAGUCAACAAGCACUUGUUGCACGGUACUUUUUUUAAUACAAUUUCUUUUGGUUUCUUCUACUUGGUUGGUAGCUUUAAUUAGGCCAUUAACUUCCACGCGAAGCUCGUUCUUCCUCCACUCAAAUAACUCUGCAUAUUUCUAUUUCUCUUCUACUUCAUCCUUUUUUAUGAAACUACCAUAUUUCUGGAUCCUUCAAAUCUUUAAGUGUUUUUUUAACA